AUGGACCCCGAUGCUGAUCCUGCAGUACAGUCCAUUCUGAAUCGAUUCCAGGCCUUUCCGAAACAACCCCGCCAAGCGGUGUAUCGGGGUAUCCUAGAAAGGCUGCGCCCGGAGGAAUGGCGGCAAGUCAAAGCCCAUGCCGAUCGCAUUACCUUCCAGUGUGAUUUCUUGGACAAGCUGCCUCCCGAGAUCGCGGUUCUGGUUGUUCAGCAGCUGUCACUCAUCGAUCUCGUCCGCCUCCAGAGGGUUUCGCGUCGAUGGCAGGAAAUCCUUUCAUCUUCCGUAGUGCGUCGAGCUGUCGUUCGAUCAACCUUGGGGAGAGAUCCUUGGACGCGAGAUCCGCCGCUGAGCUCUCAUGCGGCCGCUGAGGUUUCGAGUGGCUUGACGGCUGGUCCGAAGGAUGCCCAUUCAUACUCUCCGGCUUCUUUCACGGCUUUGGUCCAACAAAGACGUCGGUUGGAGCAGGGAGAGCCCGUCCGGAUUAUCGGAAUGCCAUCGCCCUUAAAUUCGGAGUUUGAUCCGUCCUUGUACGCCCGGGGGUGGGAUGGCCGGACAUCCAUCUCUCUUUUGGACCUGUCGACGGGGGAAUCAACUCGCCUGACCACUGAUAACAGAGAGCAACUGGUGGAACUCCGGUUUUCAGCGCCAACCAUCGCGGCAGUCUCGACCAGGGCAUACUGUCAUGUCUGGAACCUGGACACAAAGGAAUCUGCUUCCUUCCGAAUUCCCUCUGCUCAUUACAGACACUUCUUGGUGAACGGAUCCAAGGUUGCCCUGAGCUAUCGGGACUACGUUGUCCACUGGAGUUUCAGAUCAACAGUUGCUCACACCGUCAAAACUGGGAGCGCCAUUGUGGUACUGGCGUUGCAUCCCAGAGAAGAUCAGUUUACCGUGGUUCGCUUGUCGAAGAACAUCAUAACAGGGGACAGCAACACUGCUACCACCGCCACUACUGCCGACAUGGACUCCCUGGACGGUGCCCUGUCUAUUGAUAUGUGCCAGCUGCAUACAGAAAAAUAUUCCCUAGAUCACGACCGCAGCAAGUUCCGCUCUAUUUUCUCCCUCGAUCAACCUUUCCCAGGCCCAGAGAUUUGUAAAGAAUGGAUAAAGGCGACUUGGUUCGAGCAGGAAAUAUAUCGUGGCCAGAGCUGCGCCUUCCUAGAAAAUUGGGACGGCGGAGGAGCGGAUCAGGAACGUUCUAACCUUUACCUGUCCCUCGAAGGUGACCAGAGUGAGGUGGCAAUUCAUACGCUACCAGCACAAUUCAAUAAGAUAGGAAGCAUGAUCUGCCCCGAGAAAGGCAUCCUAUAUGCUCUUGCCAAGAAUCGUGAGCAAUAUGCCAUCCUGGAGACGAAACUUCAGGCUACGCCGCCGACCUCCCAUUCCUGUCUGUGGUAUCAACAUCCCAUCGUGGAUGUAAAAGACCUCGAACCGUGCUCAUGGGUCUUUGGCGAUGGUGAGUUUAUUCUCUUCCUCUUUUAUGAUGAUCUGGAAAUUUGGGCUAUGAAUGAAGCCUACCUGAGCAAGGCUGUAAGCCUGAUGGGGCGGUUGGGGCAUGGGAAUGAUGUUGAGGAUGAUGAUAAUGACUUCUGGUGA